UAACUAGCCUCUGUGCUUUGAGUAGUACACUUGUACAGAGAGCGAAUUUCAAUGGAUAAAACCAUAAACGAAUAAAUUAUUGAACAGAAGCAGAUCGUUUGGAAGCUACAUUAAUAUGCCUAUAGACUGUAAUGAGGACCCAGACUGUCCUGCAUUGUCCAGUCCAGUGAGUGUCCUGAGACCAGCCGGGAAAGAGGACAAUGGGUCCAACAGGACAUCGAGUGGACUCUCAAUCCCAGAGGGUGGCCAGGAAGAACCGGCCGCUGCAGCCUGCCCUGGUAACGCCGAGCCUGAAAACUCCAGGAAAUCACAGCUCCUGCUCCAUAUUAACCGCCAGGAGAUCCAGGCAGUGGCUCAGAAUGAUCAAGCAGCAGAGCUCCAGGGUUUGGGAGUGGAUGUGUAUGAUCAAGAUGUUCUGGAGCAAGGAGUCCUACAGCAGGUGGACCGAGCCUUCCAGGAGGCCAAUCAGGCCACGGCGAGGGCCGAUGCGGAGAAAGAAUACGAAUCUGUCCUGGAUGAUGUCAGGUCAUGCACAAGUGCACUAAAACACAUCAACAAGAUAUUGGAGCAGCUCACCCCUUAUGCUGCCUCCAGCAAGGACAUCAGCCGGAAAAUCGACUCUGUCAAAAGGCAAAAGGAGAACAAGGAGAAGCAGUUAAAAAAGAUCCGAGCCAAGCAGAGGAGGUUACAGGCCUUUCUGAGUGGAGAGGAUAUUCAGAAGCUCGAAGCAGAGUUAUUGAUUGAGGAUGACACAGAGGCAGGCCCAUCCACAGCUGGUAGCAUGCUCAUGCCCGCUCAGGAGACGGAAUGGGAAGAGCUCAUCCGCACGGGUCAGAUGACACCUUUUGGAACGCGCAUCCCCCAAAAGCAAGAGAAGAAGGAACCACGGAAAGUGAUGCUCAGUGAAAACUCUGGAUUCGAUAAGUACCUUGCUGACCAGGCUUUGAUGGCAGAGAAAAGAAAGAAACCAACCCCGAAGAAGAAGAAGAGUAAAGUUUCCAGUUCAUCUGCAAACAUUCCAAAUAACAAGGCUCCUUCCUCCAAUCAAGAAAGGAAACUGCAAAAACGGAUGCGAAAACUCCAAAGGACCGUCUUAAGGGCUCACCCAAAAGCAAGGCCCAAAACAGAGAAAGAGCAUCCCCAGACCAGCAGAAAGGGUUACCGAGAAGACGGCACAGACAGUGAGGGCUCCGUGUAUGUUCCUAGUGACGAGCUAAUGGAUCCUGAGGAACCUGAGCGAGACGAUGAGUUCUGGCAGGAUGAAAAGGAAGAAUAUGAACUAAAGCCUUAUAAGAAGAAGGAAGCUAAAACCAAGAAGACCACAAAAGAGGAUGAGAGCGACGAAUACCUCCCAAGCAGUUCUGAGGACGAGGAUGCUGAGAAAAAAGUCAAGGUGAAGAAAUUCAAAGAUGAUGGGGAUAUCGAAUACUACAGGAAAAGAAUUAGGAAUUGGAAGCGGCAGAGACUCCAAGAGAAAGAGCAGAAGAGGCAAGCAGGAGAGGACGAGUCUGAAGAGAGUGACGCUGAGUUUGAUGAUGGUUUUAAGAUGCCAGGAUUUCUCUUGAAGAAACUCUUCAAGUAUCAGCAGACAGGUGUCAGGUGGAUGUGGGAACUGCACUGCCAGCAGGCAGGAGGCAUUCUGGGAGAUGAGAUGGGCCUUGGCAAGACCAUCCAAGUAAUAGCUUUCCUGGCAGGACUGAGCUACAGCAAGUUGAAGACGCGUGGCUCCAAUUACAGGUAUGCUGGAUUGGGGCCCACAGUCAUUGUAUGCCCAGCUACAGUCAUGCAUCAGUGGGUGAAGGAGUUCCAUACCUGGUGGCCUCCGUUCCGCGUAGCAGUUCUUCAUGAAACGGGCUCCUUUACUAAAAAGAAGGAGAAACUCAUCCCUGAGAUUGCCGCUUGCCACGGGAUUCUCAUUACGUCUUACUCGUAUAUACGCAUUAUGCAGGAUUACAUUCAGAAAUACGACUGGCAUUACGUCAUCCUGGACGAGGGCCACAAAAUCAGGAACCCGAAUGCAGGCGUCACUGUCGCAUGCAAGCAGUUCCGGACUCCUCAUCGGUUCAUCCUGUCUGGCUCACCCAUGCAGAAUAACUUGAAGGAACUUUGGUCCCUUUUUGACUUUGUGUUCCCAGGGAAACUAGGGACACUUCCUGUAUUCAUGGAGCAGUUCUCAGUGCCUAUCACCAUGGGAGGAUAUUCUAACGCCUCUCCAGUGCAGGUGCAGACAGCCUAUAAAUGUGCCUGUGUCUUGCGGGACACCAUCAGUCCAUACCUGCUGAGGAGGAUGAAGGCUGAUGUAAAGACCAAUCUCUCAUUACCAGACAAAAAUGAGCAGGUACUGUUCUGUAGAUUAACUGAAGAACAGCGGCAAGUCUAUCAGAACUUUUUGGAUUCCAAGGAGGUGUAUAAGAUUCUGAAUGGAGAUACGCAGAUUUUCUCUGGCUUGAUAUCCUUGAGGAAGAUUUGUAACCACCCAGACCUGUUCACUGGAGGGCCACGCAUGCUGAGGGGCAUACCUGAGGAGGAACUGACUGAGGAGGAGCACUUUGGCUACUGGAAGCGCUCGGGCAAGCUAAUAGUGGUGGAGUCUCUGCUCAAGUUGUGGUUUAAACAGGGACAUAGAGUCUUGCUCUUCACUCAGUCCAGACAGAUGCUGGAGAUCCUAGAGGUGUAUGUCAAGGAAAAUGGAUACACCUUCCUCAAAAUGGAUGGCACCACCACCAUCGGGUCUAGGCAGCCGCUCAUAGCACAGUACAAUGAGAAUAAGGAUAUAUUUAUUUUCCUAUUGACGACCAGAGUUGGAGGAUUAGGUGUCAAUCUGACCGGUGCAAACAGAGUCAUUAUCUAUGAUCCGGACUGGAACCCUAGCACAGACACUCAGGCCCGUGAACGUGCUUGGAGAAUAGGGCAGAAACAGCAGGUGACUGUUUACAGACUGCUCACUGCAGGGACCAUUGAAGAGAAGAUUUACCACAGACAAAUCUUUAAACAGUUUCUCACAAAUCGAGUGCUUAAGGAUCCGAAGCAGCGACGUUUUUUCAAGUCCAAUGACAUUUACGAGCUCUUCACACUUAGCAAUCCUGACGGCUCCCAGGGAACUGAGACCAGUGCAAUAUUUGCAGGUACUGGCUCAGAUGUUCAGAUUCCGAAGAAACAUAAGGCGUCGCAUCAUUCACCAUCAAACCUCAAACAGGUGUCACCAAGUCCAGAGAGAACCCAGUCAUCUUUACUGUGUAAAGAAAAUGCUUCACCUCAACCUUUUAAUGGAAACACUCCAACCCUCAGUGGCCUAUCCAACAAGGAAAGUGACUCUUUAAACGUUAUAUCCACAUCACACUCUGCUGAUGGUUCAUUAACAAAUGGUCAUCAGCAGGAUCCUUUUAUUGCCAACACUCCUCAAAAACACAGGGAAAAGAAGAAGCACUGUGGCAUGACGGACGCAGCGAGCCGGCCAUCAGAUAAACAAAAACACAAGCAUAAAAAGCGAAAGCACAGUGAAGAUGCUCGGUUUGAGGGUCAUCGGAUCUCUCACCUGGUAAAAAAGAGGAGAUACAAAAAAGAAGUCAGUGAGCAACAGAAGGAAACAAAGAACGGGCAGAGAAAUGAUGAUUAUGUUCUCGCCAAACUUUUCAAGAAGUCUGGUAUCCACAGUGUUAUGAAACAUGACACAAUCAUGGAGGCAUCAAAUCCAGACUAUGUCCUGGUGGAAUCUGAGGCCAAUCGGGUAGCUAAAGAUGCCCUUAAAGCACUGAAAGUGUCAAGACAGUACUACAGGCUGCCAUCCAGAGCAUCUGCACCAGCCACACCAACUCCUGUCAGGAAAAGAUUUGGACAGAAGAAGAACUCACUUCUCAACCAGCCCUUGGACAAAACUCAAAAAACUGUAGUGAAAUGCAAGGAUGCAGAGUUGAUAAAGAAAGCAGGCAUCAAGAAACCAGGAUCUGCUGCUCACUUUAGUGGAGAGGGACUGGUGGAAGAUGCACUUUCUACCUCCCUCUCCUCUUCCUCUCUGCUAGCCAGAAUGAGGGCCAGAAAUCACGUUAGCUUACCUCCAAGCCAAGAAGAAGAAGAGGAUGAUAAUGAUCAAAGAACACAGUAUUCCAUUCCACAUGCUUCCACUACUGAGCAUGAUGAACUGCUAGUGGACUUGAGGAACUUUGUGGCCUUCCAGGGUCAGGUUGAUGGCCAGGCUCGCACUCAGGAGAUCCUGGGUUAUUUCACUCCGAGGUUAACCUCCACACAGACGCCAGUGUUCAGAGAAUUGCUUAGGAACAUCUGUGACUUCCACAGGCUCCCUGAACAAGAGGGGAUUUGGAAACUCAAACCUGAGUACAGAUGAAAUGAAGGCAAACGAGAGCAUUCUUUUAUAAUAGAUUCAGUAAAGACAAUGCUUACCAUAUAUGAUAUAACUCUACACUGGGAUAAAUGCAAUACUUUUUCAUGGUUCAUGUAUAUAUGUUGAUGUCAUUUAGCAUGUUUAAUACUGUUACAUUUUGUUCCUUUUUUCUGUACUUCAAUUGUUUGUGUUAAACCUGAGAUUUACUUGACAAUAUUCUCUUUAUAACUGACAAUGAACAAAUGUCAUUCAGGGAGACAAACUUAACCUGCAACUGUGACUGUAAAAAAUUUUUUUUUUUUUUAUUGUAUUGCAUUGAGUAAUUUAAAUUUUAUUAUAUUGUGGUCUGCUAAUGUUUUGUAUAGAUAUGUACAAAUGAUUCAAUCAGUACUGUUUAUCUGCUUAUUGGUUAUAUGGAACUAUUUCUGGUGCUACCUUCCAAUUGGAUCUGUUAGUGUGAAUAAAUAAUCUAUUUAUA